GCUCAGUUAUGGCUGUCUUAUCCUCUGGCUGAUCUUUAUUUUAAACUUCCUACAAUAAGUUUAUCCACCACUCACUAGAAGCUGAGGACAAAUAUUUUAAGGUGGUCAGAGAAAUGUUUCGUCAGCGAUUAAGAGGUGGCCAUAAAGUGGGAGCACCAAAUUCUGUGAACAGAUCCCUUCAAGGCCAAACAGGUUUUUCUCAGCAAACGGGUAGCUUAAUUAGACCACCAUCUCAGUUUAGCACUUCUGUUCAGCCAUCUCAUCCAGAGCCCCCACUACAGUCAAGACAACAUGAGCAAUCGCAACAAAAGCAUCAACAUCCUCUGACAGGAAACAGUGGGUCAGGAUGGUGCGGUGACAGUUCAGAUGGUGCAUGGAACUGGGGAGAUGGUGAUGCUUGGUCAUGGAAUGCAAAUUUACCUACCAAUUCUCAGCACCAACAGCUGAAUCAGCACCAGCAGUCAGUGCUAAACCAGCACCAACAAUCACUGCUGAACCAGCAACAUCAGCAUCAACCAGCACAGGAGUAUGACCAGCAUCAUUCUUAUUCGCAGCAUUUGCAGUAUGCUUCGCAACAGCAGUUUUCUAAAGCAGCCCAAAAUGCACCUGUUAAUAGUAAAAAGUCAUCACUUAAUCAGGAUCUAGUUCCUUCUAAUAUCUCGCAGCAUCCUCAGUUGCAUCAGCCGCAGCUCCAACAGCAUCAGCCACAGCUGCAGGAGCAGCAGCAGCUCCAACAGCAACAGCAAUAUGUUAAUGGUAAUACUCAAAAUGGUCAGGGAACUGAUGAAUGGAGUGCAGAUAAUUGGGGUAAUGAGUGGGGAAACACAGAAACCCACAAUAAUAAUAAUAAUAAUAAUAAGCCAGCAAAUUAUGCCAAGCAAGAAAAUCAGCCCCAACACCAGGAUUACCACGGGUACCAUCAGCAACAGCAAGUACAUCAAAAUUAUCAUCAGCAGCAGGCUCAGCAACAGCAUCAGCAGCAGGCUCAGCAGCAGCAAGAGCAGCAGCAGCAGCAGCAGCAGCAGCAGCAGCAGCAGCAGCAGCAGCAACAACAACAACAACAACAACAGCAGCAGCAUCAGCAACAGGCUCAUCAACAACAACAACAGCAUCAGCAACAGGCUCAUCAACAACAACAGCAUCAGCAACAGGCUCAUCAACAACAACAGCAUCAGCAACAGGCUCAUCAGCAACAGGCUCAUCAGCAACAGGCUCAUCAGCAACAGGCUCAUCAGCAACAGGCUCAUCAACAACAGGCUCAUCAGCAACAGGCUCAUCAACAACAGGCUCAUCAACAACAGGCUCAUCAACAACAGGCUCAUCAACAACAGGCUCAUCAACAACAGGCUCAUCAACAACAGGCUCAUCAACAACAGGCUCAUCAACAACAGGCUCAUCAACAACAGGCUCAUCAACAACAGGCUCAUCAACAACAGGCUCAUCAACAACAGGCUCAUCAACAACAGGCUCAUCAACAACAACAGCAUCAGCAACAGGCUCAUCAGCCGCAACAACUGCUGCAUCAACACACGCAUCAAGAUUACCAGCAGCAACAGAUGCAUCAGUUAUAUCAGCAUCAGCCACAGAAAGAAUACCAUCAUCAGCAAUAUUUUUCUUUGCAACAGCAACAGGAGCCUGAGGAGCAACCUCUAAAGAUAGAGCCACUCCACCAACAGUUAGAAAACCAGUACCAUCAUUCUCAGCAAGAACACCAGGAAUAUCAAGAUUAUAAUUCUCAGCAACACCAAUCAUUAAUGUCUCAAGAGUACAGCCAAUCACAUCAACAGCAGUCUCAGACAACUCGGCAGUCUGCUGAAGAUGAUUGGGGAUGGGGUAACGAUGAUUGGCAGAUAAAUGGACAGACAACAGAACAUCAAGAAAAACUUAAUCAGCUGAAUUCUGAGCGAUUUAAUGAGUUACAGCAAUCUGUUGAGAACCAACCUACUGCUGAGAUGAGGCUACCUGCUGAAAUUCAGCAUUUUCCUGAAAUGGCUCCACCUACCAAAUCCCAGCCUGCUGAGACUGGGCAUCCCUCUGAGACCCAGCCUCCUGCUGAGAUGCGGCCUCUUGCUAAGGUGGAACCUCCAGCUGAGACCCAGCCUCCCACAGAAACUCAACCUCUUUUCAAGGCCCAGUCUCCUGUUGAGAAUUGGGUUCCUACUGAAAGACUGCAUUCUGAAGACCUUCAAACAAAACACAUUAAUGAACAGGCUCUUCUCACUGAAGCAAAAUCACAUGACUAUUUGAAGAGUAGUGAAGAAUCUCAGAGGACAGUGAGUAGAGAGUCUGCUGGUGAUGGAUGGCCUGAUUGUGAAGGAGACCAUGUCCAAGUGCCAGAAACACUCUUAGAAUUAGUGCAACACAGUCACACUCCAGAGGAUCAAGCAAGAGAUUUUCCUUCAGAGAUAGCAGCUUCACACCAGGGUGAUGAGAGAUAUGAUAUGCAGUUUCAACAUGAACAGCCUUACCAGCUGCAGCUGCAACAACAGUAUGAUGAUGGCUGGAGUCACAAUAAAAUUAGUAAACAUCCUGAAAGUAUUGACACUGUUCCUGGAAAUUACACAUCAACACAAGAUACUUGCAUGCUUCAGAACAAUGCAUCUCAAAGUAACUCUAAGUCUAGUAACACUAGAAUGGCUGAACAUGUUGAGCAGGACUGGAAAAAGGAGUCAGACGAGGUAAAUAAUUUGCAAAAGUUAACAGAUGGCUAUGUGGAAAAUACAGAGCACCACUCUAUUUUAGAACAACCAAACAUGACCAUGGAUCAAAAUCAAGCUCAGGGUAAUCACCCAAAUACUGUCAAUGCUCCAAAAAUUUCUAGGACUCAGUUUGAUAUGGUAGAGCCUGUGUCGAAUGAACAUCUAGCUCCUGUUGCACUAAGCAACUUGGAUGACAGGUGGGGUGAUGGUUGGGGAGAGACAAAAGCACCUGAUGGACCAGAUGAAAUAACUGAAGUUUCUCAGAAACCUGAUAUGCAUACCAGUGAAAGUUGUAUUAAUUCUGAACUUGAGCAUUCACAAGAAACUCAAAAAUCUAUGCCACUCCAUUCGUUAAAUAAUAUGAACACGUCCACACUUCCUGUUCAUAGUGAUUCUGAACUGUAUCCUAAUGCUGUUAUACCUCAACAUGUAGACAAACAAAGCCAUCCUUGUCAAGAUGUUAAUGACAAUAAACCCAGUGAAGAUCAGCAUUACUGUGAUGAUGAUUGUGAUAGUACAGCUGUAGCUCACUCUGAAGGAUGGGAUGAUGACUGGGAUCAAGAAAUUGUAACAGACUCACAUCAGGAAGUCGCCAUGGAUAAAACCAAUAGGUGUGAAAUGACAAAUUAUGAUGUGGAAACUGUGACAAAAUAUGUAGAUUCCCUAACAGUCUUGGACAGUAAAGAAAAUUACAAGGAAUCUCAUGCUCAUUCCACAGAAUCUUACAUGCCAGAUCUUCCUUCACAAGGAUCUCACCAGCAUUUUACCCAUCAUUCUCAGUUUCAACAAGAACAUCAACAUUAUUCUGCAUCCAAACAAAAUUUCUUAUUGGACACAAAAUCCCAUGAUCAGACAAGAGACGAACUCCAUGAUGAGUCCUCACAGAAUUAUGAAGUGGGGCGGUUGUCGAAUAAUUACCCAGAGGUACCUCUAAAAUCCAGUAGUCAGAAUGAACCUACACUCCAGGAGCUACAGUUAAACUAUCCCUCAUCUCAUCAAACAGACCAGUUUGAAAGACCAGAGCACUCUUGUCAGUAUGAGCCACAAAAUCGGUGCAUAGUUCAAACAAAUCGAUCCUCUCCUUCACUGAGUCCUGCUCCCAAAUUAACAUUCCUACCACCAGGUGAAUCUGAAGUAUUAUCUCAGAGUCAUUUUCCACCAUCGACUGCAUCUCUGCUUCCUAUUCAACAUGAUGCCCAUCAGCAAGUUGCUGUUCACAGUUACCGCCAGUAUCAGGAUAUGAAUCAAGAGAUUGUACCCAACCCAUUGAUUUCAGUACCUCCAAUGCCUGAUCCCAUUUUUUCAAGAAUUCCUGAUGGGGCAUCAUCUGUUCCUGAAGUGCCUUCUGUUGUAGGUGUAGUACAAGAUGGAAGCAACCAGUUAGUAGAGAAUGUUCUGAGGCCUUUAGUAAUGGGUAAUGACCUGGAGAGAUCUGAACGCCCAUCAUCCUCUCAGUCUGCUAGCUCUCAGCCAGUUUGUCCUCCCUCUCAGCCCAUCCAUCCUCCGUCUUCACACACCCCACUGGAUCGGCCAGCCUCUAACCAGUCUGCUCACUCAGUGCAUUCCAUUCAUUCUGGGCAUUCAACUCAAUCUGUACAUGGUGCUCAUUCAUUUAUCAAUCAAAACCAGGAAGUUCCUAUACAGGAGAAAUCUGAAUUAUCUAUACCUCAUUCAUCUGUCAGUCAAGUUAGUCAGCAGGAGGAAUUUAGUACUGUAGUGCCAACUAACUCAGUAGAUCUUGGUAUGGAUCCAACAGCUCCUCCAUCCAGUCAACUUGUAGGUCCACCACCAGUGUCUGGACCUCUUGGGGUAGUACCGAGCUUAAAAGCAAGAAAGGGUAGUCCUUUCCAGCCACCUACUGUGAAGCAGUCUACCUCUAGCCCUUCCUCAGAAUCAACAUAUCAAACUCAGUAUCUCUCUUCACCCCAGAUUACUCCAGUACCUCUUCCAGUCUGUCAGGAUGUUAGUGCCAACCUUGAAACACUUCCUGAUAAUAAUGAACAACCUUCUGCAACAGAGAAAAAUGGAGUGCCUUUGUGGUCCAGUUCAGAAAACAUGUCAAUGAAUGUUAAGUUAGCUGUUGCUGCCCCAUCUGUUGACAUUGUAGUUUCAAGCCAAUCACGGCUUGCUUCAAACACUAUUCCUUUGGUCAUACCUGGCAUGAUGGAGGAAAAGACCGAGAGAGAUAAACUGGUUAAUUAUCAGCAUGCUAAUAGUGUUCACCCAGAGCCUCCAGCUGCUCAUAGUGCUAAUUUGCAAGCUGCAGUAGUAAUGCCACAAGUUCAGUCUCUUUCCAGUAUGUCUGCCAUUCCUACUGCCUCAGCUGUUUUAGACCUGUCACAGCCUUCCAGAUCCAUAGUUGAACCUAGAGGUGAUGGAUCACAAACUGAAAAUGAUAGACCAAACUUCAGUCGUAUGAUUCCUGGGGAAUCUAGCAAAGGUGAAUCCACUACUGCAUCUACUUACCAAGCUCCAUCUGUGGUUCCAUCCAUGCCAUCAGAAAGGGUUGUUACAGGGAAUGAUAACCCACAGCCGAUGUUACCAGUACGAAUAAAACAGGAACCCUCGGAUGUAAGAUCUCCACCUGAUGGUCCAUACACUAGUGACUUAUCAAAUAAGGGUGCUUCUGUUGUGCCACCUAUUCGGAGUGAAACCAUUGGUUCUGAAGAACCUACAUCACGUAACUUUACUUCAGCAAAUUCAGGGAGCCGCUCUGAUUUGGCUAAUGAUCACAGAGGUGAAAGGGGUGCACGUUGGGAGAGAGACCACUCCCGUGACAGAGACACUCGAAGCAGUGAUAGAUAUCGUGAUAGGAGCCGUGAACAUAGCAGAGACUAUUACAGAGAUGAUUCUCCUCAUAGCAGGCGUUCUUAUGAUCGUGAGUAUGAUAGGAAGUAUGAAGAUGAAAGGAGACGCUGGCGAAGAGAAUCAGAUGAUGACGACGACGAUGGUGAGCGACGAUUUUAUGAAUCUCGAGAUAGACGUGAAAGAGCAUAUAGGGAUGAAUUAGACCGUUACAGUGACCGACCCAUAAAAGAUGAUAAAGAUAGAUCACUUCCAAGAGACAAGCGCCAUGACUACCGUGACAGAUCAAAAGAUUACUACAGAAACUAUGAUGAUGAUCCUUACUAUGGAAGAGGAGACAGGUCUCAGCCUGUAUCACGCUCUAGCAGUAUCAACAACCUAGACAAUGAUGGUGAGCGCCCUGGUCACUCGCAUCGAUCUCGUCACGAUUAUUACGAUCGACAUGACCGUCAGGACUCCCACUCGAGGGACACAGAUCCUAGGGACAGGGAUGCCCCAUAUUCCAGAGAGUCGAGGGAGAAACACUUCUCUCAGCGAGGAUGGGAGGGUAGAGAACCUCGAGAUCGUCGAGAUGCCCGCUACUAUGGUCUGAGGAGUGAUUACGAAGAUCCAUAUGGCUCAAGAGAAAUGUACGAGCAGUACCAGUAUUAUUAUCAGUACUAUAGAGAUCAUCCGUACUACAAGGAGUAUUACAGACAAUGGAUGAAGCAGUAUGGGCAUGCUUACCCAUCUGAAUCGUUCUAUGAUGACCGCACCAGUAUUCAUUCUGGUCGGUCUUCUGUAAAUGAUGAGCUCAAAAAGUCUGUCAGCAGUCCACGUGGGGCCUAUGAUCCUUAUGGCUACUAUUACGGCCACUCGAGUCAACCCUCUUAUAAUUCCAGCCAUUUCAUCCAAGAUAUCCAUGGCGGGUCCUCUUUGGGGGCUUAUGAGCCCCCUUCCAUGUACCCCAACGGGUCCUUCACCCAACUGAAAUCUUAUGCCAGUGGUGAAUUGAGUGGUGUGCCUUCAGUAGCAGGUGAUACUGUCAGUGAAGCUCCACAGCGUAUGACUCCAGUGCAGUUUGGCAGACCUCACAUCAGUGCUCGAUUCACAUCUGGUGGCCAGCUAGUUCUGGUGCUGCCCAAGGACCCGAGGGACGGGGAGAAGGCUGUAGUUCAGUUGCGCGAUGUGCAGAAGAUGCUCUGUAUGGAUCCUGCAUUGAGUAAAACAGUUCAGCAAAUGAAAAAUUAUCCAGGACCACUCACACUGUCAGAUACUCACAAGGAUGUGGUGGUCAAAUAUUGUGAGCAGCAAGUUGCUGAGGCAGCAAAAAACCAAACUCUACUAGACAAGGAGUCAGUUAUACUUAUAUGGGAAUAUCUAGCACUACUGGUAAAACAGAAUGGUAAACUUUACGGCAGUGAUAUAGCUGGGCUUUUAUUAAGAGGGCGGGAGUUAACCACUCAGCCUCAACACAAUAGUAUUCAUGUGAAGUCUGAAGACAACCCAGAGAAUUUCUCCGAUGCCAGCCCACAGGACGAGGGAAUUGAUGUCCAGUCUCAUAUGCAGUCUUCAACACCAGAACGAAAUGAAGCUGUGCUUUUUAAAAAAUUCACAGAAUAUCUCUGCCUAGGAAGGAAACGAGAAGCUGUUGAUUAUGCUAUACGAGAGGGGUUGUGGGGUCAUGCUCUUGCUUUGUCAUAUAAGAUGGAUACUACUACCCACACCCGUGUGUUAGCAGCCUUUUCAAACUCCAUCCCUCACACUGACGUUUUAUUAACACUCUUUCAACAGUUAUCAGGAAAACGGCCAGAGGUUACCAAGAGUUAUAUGCCACAGCAGUGGGGUGAUUGGCGGCAGCACCUUGCUGUGAUGAUAUCCAAUCCUACUGGGAACGUACAGCGUGACCAGGCCUCCAUUGUGGCCCUGGGAGAUACAUUGGCUUCUCAAGGACAGCUUCAUGCAGCUCACUUUUGUUACCUUGUGGCUGAAGUAGAAUGGGGUUCUUAUUCUAAUAAGGAUUCAAAACUUGUCCUGAUUGGUUCUUCUCAUCAACUUCCAUUCCAGGCCUUUGCCAGUAAUGAAGCAAUACAGUGUACUGAAGUAUAUGAGUUUGCCCGGUCUCUUGACAGUAGUAACCCAUUAUUGGAAACAUUCCAAUCUUACAAACUCGUUUAUGCACUCAGGCUGACAGAAUACGGAUUUCCAGCUGAAGCAUUAAGAUACUACGAAGUGAUCAGUCAGACAAUAAAUAAGACUCCAGCUCUACAUCAAGUGGACUUCAUUUCUCAGGUGUAUGACCUAGCUUCCCGCCUUAAAUACCAUGACCUCCACUAUCAGAUGUGUCAGGGAGAAGUAUCAGAAAUGCCAGAUCCUAAGUGGCUUGCUGCUCUUCAGGAUGUUGUAGCUGUAGCCAAAUCCCGUGCAUCUAAUAUGGCAGCAAGAGAGGAAAAUUGCCAAACUCAACCUGAUCAUAAAGUGGGUCAGAUUUUCUCCCAAGGAAUUCCUGGGACACCUGAUCGUAAUCAACAAACUUCAUGUGCAGCAACUGAUGAGCCUACCUUGUCAUCUUUCAGUAAUUUGGAUAAUUCUUAUCACAAUUCAAACGCUACUACUACAACUAAUUCCUAUUUACAAGAUCUUAGUACAAUAUCUGAAGGCUAUACAGGACAGAUUUCCCCUGCUGAUGUGAUGAAUGGUGUGCAUCAAAAUCAGUAUCCAGCCACUCACCCAGCUUCAUCUCAGUCUCCUGAUGGAUCAAGUGAAACAAACCAAACAGAUAUCACAACUCCAUCCAAGGAAAAUACAUCACCUAGUGAAGUUGCUAUGCUGCAACAGUCUCCUCAAGAUCAAGCCCAUUAUUUGUAUAGUGGAGGGUACUGGCAGGGAUAUUCUCAGCAAGACGCAAAUUCUUCACUAUACAUGCAGAAUCAUUUCCCAGAAUCAACACACAACAGUCUUCCACCCUCUCCAGAGGGAAGUGGUGAGCAGAGGCCUAGAAGUGUUACAUCUCUGUCACAGCCAAAUAGCUUGACCCAGUAUCAGCAAUAUCAAGAAUCUUAUCAAGCUUGGGAACAGCAGCAGCAGCAGCAAAUACCACAACAAGCAAAUAAUGAUAUAUCUGGUACUAUUUCAUCCAGAUCUCAAGAUACUACUGACUCAGAAGCUCCUACACAGUCUCACAGAACACCAGAGGAGGAGGCUUAUUGGGCAGAAAUGACAGGAAAAAAGGAUGAGGAGUAUGAUGAGUUUGGAGGAGACGUGUAUGAAUAUGAAGACGGUGAGGAAAUAGGGACUGAGGAGUCAGACUAUGAGGCCAGCUUCCAGUUGCGCCAUCGUCACCAAGCCUCUCUGGUGAGCAUCAGUGACCCCACCAACCAUACAAGCACUGUUCUCUCAUCUCCAUCGCCGUUAUUGCCGCCUUCACCACAACCAUCACAUACAUUUGAUUCAGACGAGAAGGAAAAGCCUUUAUUCAAGGGAUUCUCUCCUCGGGCAUGUCCUUUGGGAGCAGCUGCCUCUGCUUCAUCCUACGUAUUAUCCACUCCUCUGUUUCAACCACCACCACCUCAUCAACCACCACAAAUGUCAAGUCCACCUCCUCCACUACUGGGCCCUAACAGUCACACGACUCAGAAUGUAAAUAACACAACAGAUACCUCAAGCAAAGAUAAACCAGAAAGUGAAAAGAAAUCUAGCCAAGAUAUAGAUAAGCUGCAAGACAAAGGUGGAGGAUGGUCCCUUACUUCUCUUUUUGGAUGGAAGAAAUCUAAACAAGCAGUGCUUCCUGAUGAUAAGAAUCCCACUAUUAUAUGGGAUGAAAAGAAAAAGAAAUGGGUGAACCAGGAUGGUGAGGAGGAAGUGACAGCACCACCUCCCCCUCCUCCUAAAAGUGCUAUUGGUGGACCUGGGGCUCCACCUCUUAUGAUGACAAGAGGUGGCCCUAGAAAAUCACGUUAUGUUAACACUGAAAAAGACACAAGUAAGGGAGUGACAGGAGGCAUGCCUGUAAAUCUUCCAAAUUCUAUGCUGCCCCCAAUGCCAGGGGCAUCCAUGAUGACUGGUGGUCCUUCCAUGUCUCCACCAGUAAUGGUUCCAGCACCAGUGCAGCCUCGUCAGGGGGGCAGAGAUACACCUGAUAGUCAGCCACAACCCAGUGUAGGACAUAAAGAGCAGCAGGAAGCACUUUUUCCACAAAUUGCACCAGCCCCUGCACUACUACCAGAUAUCACCCAAAUGAGGAGAUCGCGAUAUAUUUCUGAAAGCUCCAUAGAGUUAGAGGAUGACUGGCCACCAGCCAAUACUGAGGGGACAUCGAAUGAAGGAGGUGAGGGUACUGGGCUUGUACCUAUGAUAGGUCCGCCAGCUGGCCAACCGCAAUUUUUCAACCCUGCUCAGUUUCAGCCAUCCACUAAAGCCAGCUCUAAUCAAAAUAGGAGACCUGGCCCUGGGAGACGAGCGUUCCCUAUAAAACGAUAGUUAACAUUGAAGUUGUUAGUAACUGGAAAGGGUUACAUUAAUUUUUUCCUGUGAUUUAUAGUUUUAAUAUACAAUAUUUAAAUUAAACAAAAUUUAACGAAAUAUUUAUUGAAUGAAUUUUAAUGGUGAAAUGGCACGAAAUGCUAACUAUAUAAUGUGGGGAUCAAGCAAUUUAGAAUUCAUUACUUUGUUAAACUUGAGUUCUUAAUAAAGCAGUGAAACCCAAUUUAUUGUGCAACAAUAGCAAGAAACAUAAUAAAGUUGCUGCCAAUAAUUCAGUCAGUCUUGAACUAGAAAUACUGUCCAGAUGGUUGUGGUGGUAGAUAAAGUUGAACACGAAGGUGACUGCAUUGUAUCAUACUGCAUGUAGAUUAUUAUUUUGCAUUUGUAUAUGAAGACUAGCUCAUGGACAAUUUUUAGUUGUGUAUUAUAUUUGUGUUCAAGGAAUAUACCUAUUGCUCUCCAUUUCUUUGUUUUCAUUAGUAAAAUUGUAUGUAUUGGCCACACAAAGGAUAAAGUGCAAUGAUAUUUAAUAAUUGUAAAUUUUUAUUACAAAGUUGGAAUAUACAGUAUAUAAAUGUGUUAAUUUUUUUUUUUUCAAAAUGCCCCAGAUUAGUUGUGUAAGUAUAUAUUUAUAAAAGUAAAUAUAAAGACAUAUACAGUAUCUAUUAUAUAUACUGUACUGUAAUAGUAUAGCUGUUCAAUGCUUAUUGCAUUUUCAGGGGUUUGACAUUAGGAGGCCUGAUCAUCCAUGCUCUAAUUUAAAAUGUUUUAUGUAAAUGAGAGAUGCCACAGAUGAUAGCUGGAAUUAGUCAGUGCCAACAAAUUGACCUACAGAUCUUUGUUUAGUGUAGUGCAUCCAAUUAAAAAUGUCACAAAGAAUACCUGGUUAUUGUAUGCAUGCAUGUUGGGUUACAAAUAAUUUCUAUAAAUUCUUUCUUGUGUGGAUGAAUGAUGCUUUGACACCUAUCAUUCUAGCAUUCUCCUUGCCAAGUUUAGUGGCUGUAUUUAUUAAUACUACAUUAAAAUAUGAAUAUAAAUGAGAUAGGUGAUUGAAGAAUAAAUUUAAUGGAAGUGCAUAAUUAACUAUUCAGAUUUUACCAUAGUUUGAUAUAAUUUUUUAUUUUAUUGUAUACUGGUCAUAUAGCCUUAUUUUGUGGGACAAUUUACCUUUCUGAAGGUUGUAGUUAGUCUGCAUAGUAAAUUUCACCAAAACGUAUAUAACUCGUGAACUAUAGUUUUGGAAUCUAAAGUUUAGAAGAAUGAGCCUAGUUACUCAGGAAGAAAGCUGAUCCUGGUGUUCAUAGAUUACAUUCUUCACCAAUAGGUGCUUUGUGCUAUGGUACUACUUGUGGUUAUGAAGGGCUUUUGCAAGGAAUUUUUAUACAUUUUAGUAAAUUUUACUCCUAGUACUUUAAUUUUUUCCAACACCUUGAAUUAUGGUGUAGCAUGUGGCAAUUCAGUAAUAAUUUUUAAUAAAUUGAGAGCAUUGAUCUCCCUAGUUUUCAGGUACUGUAAUGUUAAAAUAGCUCACAAUGCUAGUGGGGAAAAAUAUAUACCAUACUGUAUUUGCAUCUCAUGGAAACGAGGAACUGUUGGGAUCAAGGCAUUUGUCUGUUUCAAAACUUAUGUUCUUGGGAAAUGUUAAAAAGUGAUUUUUGUAAUAUAUUGGACAAAUACAUUAUAGUCUUUUAAUAGUGGGCAAUAUUGAGGUGAAUAGUUUGUGGCUUCAACACAGGAACUUGGAUAGUUUAAAAUUUCCUAUUGUAUAUUAGAAAUUUUGUUUAUCUUCAUUUUAUUAUUUGUAAUAUAUAUAUAUAUAAAAACCAGCACCUUACAUUGAAAGCAAUGAAAAUAAAAUGGUAUGGGUAUACUUAAAAUAUUUUAUGUACAUACUUUAUUAAUAUAUAUGUGUGGCCCCUUCA